UGUGAGUGAGAGGUGACGCUGUGCAAAUGCGCACUGUAAAAAGUUAAAUUUUAAAACCUGAUUUGAGGCAUUAAUAAAGCAGACAUGAGGCGUUAAAAUGUUUGCUUUAGCAUUACCGCCACGUCAUCACCAAUUAUUUUCGGCCGUGUUGUUUUGGUGAUUUUUUUCUUUCGGCCAAAAGCCGAAAAUACACUUUUGAGCCAUUUUCGGCCGAAAAAUUUCGGUGGCCGAAUUUUUGAUGCAUCACUAGUUCACUCCUCAUUACGCUACAGAGCCGAAAGGAGUCAGUAUGAGACGUUUCUACUGUCUUUGGAAAAUGUCAAUUUAUCGCGCCUGGCAAACUUACCGACCUCAUUUGUUCUUAUCGUGCGAAUAAUUGAUUUAUUGACUAUCGUGACAGGCCUACCUGUAGUGAUUAAAAAGAAAAAUGUAUAUAAUGACCAUUGUAAAUAUUUCUACAGAACCUGGAUGGAGUGGAUUUCCCUCUCUCACAGCAAGAACGAAUAGCAAAGUCCCUGAAUCAGCCAGAGGUGGUGCAUCAUCAAGCAGACAUGGUGGGACAGAAUGUGCUUGGCAUCAAGAUAACUGGCAACCACAGAAGUUUCCCUUCGCUGCGAGCCCUGGACCCCAGAAUGCUGCUGCGGAGCUGGAGUCCGACCUGCCGGUUGACUUCCUGGAGCUGAUCCUCACAGACGAGCUCCUCCAGCACAUUGCAGACCAGACUAACCUCUAUGCCGAUCAGUUUUUCCAGGCACAUCCUGACACUUUGCCACUCGGUAGAAAGAAUGUCUGGAAACCAGUGUCAGUCCCAGAGCUGAAAACAUUCUUUGGACUCACUUUCCUGACUGGAUAUAUAAAAAAGCCUAAGCUUGAGCUGUAUUGGAGCGUGGAUGAAGUAGAAGCCACUCCCUAUUUCAGCCAGACCAUGCCGAGAAACAGGUUUCAGCUGAUCUGGAGAUUCCUCCACUACAACAAUAAUGCAUCACAUGACACAACAGACAAAAUGUACAAAGUUCGUCCUGUGUUGGACUACAUUGUUGGGAAGUUCAAAGAGCUGUAUCAGCCCUAUGAAAACAUUUGCAUUGAUGAGGGGAUGAUGCAGUGGCAUGGCUGCCUAUCAUUCAAAGUGUACAACCCACAAAAUCCCAUAAAGUACGGCAUUAAAUCGUACAUACUGUGCGACUCGUCCACCGGGUACUGCUUCAACAUGCAGCCUUACGUUGGGCAAUCAAGCUCUCUUCCACACACAGUGUUCUCUCUCCUUGACCGUCUCUCGGGCAAUGGCUACACACUCUACAUCGACAACUACUGCAACUCCGUUGCACUGUGUGAGCAGUUGGUGAAAGCCAAAACCAAUGUCUGUGGACCGCUGACAGAAAACAGGGGGGAACCUCAGAUCAUCAGGGAGGUGACCAAGGCUGACCUGGGUGUGGAGGGGAAACUGGCGCGGCACAAUGGCACGGUGCUGGUUGUGGCAUGGCAGGACAAGCGCCUGGUGAAGAUGGUGACAACCUGCCACCAUGACGCCAUGCAGAGGGUGGAGGUGUGGCAGAAGGGCCGUAAGGAGAAAACGGGUCAGUUGAAGCCUAAGUGCGUUGUGGCGUACGAUGAAUGCAUGAAUAGGGUAGAUAAACUGAACCAGGACAUCGCCUACUACCCCUUCAUCUGGAGGUCACUCAACUGGCCAAAGAAGUUUGUGGCAUACCUUUUUCAGGUGGCCAUGUUCAACGCUUUUGUACUGUACAAGGCCAGGAACCCAGGGAAAUGCAAAACUCUCUUGGAGUUCAUGAAGAAGGUGGUGAGGUCGUGGACCGCCAAGCGACAUGUAGCAGUGGAGGAAGUUGGAGAUGUGGAGGUUGAGAUGGACCAACCUGCUAAAAGGGCACCGUACAACCACGACCCAAUUAGCAGGCUGGAUGGCCAGAUGGCCAAGCAUCAGCUGGAGUACUUGAUGCCCACCAGCAAGAAUUCCAGACCAGCCAGGAAAUGCAGGGUCUGUGUACGGCGGGGUCUGAGGAGGGAGAGCAAAAUGUGGUGCAAGUCCUGUUGUGUCCCCCUGCACCCAGGAGAGUGCUACAUGGCCUACCACACCAAACAGAAAUACUACUGAGUACACACACACGCACGUGCGUGCAAACAAACGUCCCUUCUGUAAGCAGAUUAUUUUUAAUGUAUGUUACCUUCUAAAUC